AUGGCGUCUUCGACAAACUCUCAGCAAAUCGCUGCUGCUUGCACGAAUCUAGAUGAACUUUCGAAAUGUACAAUUAAUUUAGCUGAUGAACAUGUCGAUCCUUGCGAAAAUCCAUCGGCUGUACCUCAAUCAUUUACUAUUGUACUGGUUCAUAGUAACAAGGAAUAUGAUGUUCGUCUUAAUGAAGGUGUUACUGUUGGUGAUAUCUUUCGUAAACUAGUAGGCUUGAAUCUAUUCCAACUAUCAGAUAUCGAUUCAUAUCAACUGGCGAAAGAGAAUGAUCAUCAAACUUCACUUGAUCUUUCUCAAACAUUCGCCAAUCUAAAAGACACUUCUCGUUUUCUAAUUCAGCAAAAGUUGCCUUCGCCAUCACCUUUGGAUCAUAUUUUUGUCAAAACUUUGACUGGAAAAAAUCUCCAGAUUAACGUCUGUUUGAAGACAGAUAGUGUCGCUUCGGCUAAAGAACGUAUAAACAUUCAAGAAGGCAUCCCAACUGAUCAACAACGACUUAUCUUUAACGGUAAACAACUUGAAGAUAAUUUGCUCUUGUCACAAUAUGGUAUUGUGAAUGAAAGUUGUGUACAUCUCAUACUAAGAUUACGUAAACCAGUGAUUCGGUUAAAAUCAACAAUAAAUGAUCGGGUUAUUCAGCAUGUCAAUGUUUCAGUUGAACUCGAUCCGAAUGUAUGGAUUUUCUCAAGUCUGUAUCCGAAUCCAUCAUUGACUGAUAAGAAAUCUCAUGUGCAAUGGAAUGAUUUGAAUGUAUAUUAUGAUGGAAAGAUCAUUUUUGAUCAGAAGAAAAGAGAUGCUCACCCAGUGCAUCGAUUAUACUCGCAGAUUGAUGAUGAAAUUGAACAUCGAAUGUUAUUUUGGGAAGCAACGUCGGUCAGUUCAAUACCAAGUUUUCUUCAAGAAAAGAGCAUAUGCGUUCCACACGAUGAUUUCAGUCGAAUUCUCAAUUAUCUUCUAAAGAAAAUGACCUUAUCCACUGAGGAUCGAGAUGAUUUAAUAACCUAUGUGCUUUCUCAAUUGGACGAAGUCGACCCUGAGCAUGAAAAUGAAAACAUCAUCUUCCAGUUCAUUCCUUCUCAAAUCUAUUCUCGAUCAGCCCAACUGACAAUUCGUCCGUUACCUGAACAAUUCGUGCGAAUAUUUCUUGUUUUCGGUUUUGGAGAUGUUAAUGAUGAAAUUUCAUCAUUCGACGAUUUGGAAAAGGAAAUUCCCAAAGUUUUCAUCAAUGAGAAUUUAUCAAAUAGUGGACUGAUCGUUCAAGAAUGGGGCACAAUGUUUAUGUACUAA